GCCUUUUUUACUGCUCUGGUGCCGGCCGGCUCCGGCCGCUGCUGAGCGUGGGUAGGAGGACUUGCCGAGCCACCGGCGCCGGGAGAACCCCUGUGGGAGGCUAUGUUUCUCUAACCAAAGGAGAAGGGACCAGUGGUGAAGAUGUCGGCCCUCAACUGGAAGCCCUUUGUGUACGGAGGGCUGGCCUCCAUCACGGCCGAGUGCGGUACUUUUCCAAUUGAUUUAACCAAGACACGGCUCCAGAUUCAAGGCCAGACAAAUGAUGCAAACUUUAGAGAAAUCCGGUAUCGAGGAAUGUUGCACGCCUUAGUGCGGAUAGGCAGAGAAGAAGGGCUGAAAGCCCUGUAUUCAGGGAUUGCCCCCGCGAUGUUACGCCAGGCUUCCUACGGCACCAUCAAGAUAGGCACUUACCAGAGCUUGAAGCGGCUGUUUGUUGAACACCCAGAAGAUGAAACUCUACUGGUAAAUGUGGUGUGUGGAAUCCUCUCUGGAGUCAUAUCCUCAACCAUUGCUAAUCCAACGGACGUUUUGAAAAUACGGAUGCAAGCACAGAGCAGCACCAUUCAAGGGGGGAUGAUAGGCAACUUCAUUAACAUUUACCAGCAAGAAGGAGCGAGAGGAUUGUGGAAGGGCGUGUCCCUUACUGCGCAGAGGGCUGCUAUCGUUGUCGGCGUGGAGCUACCGGUCUAUGACCUCACCAAGAAGCACCUGAUUCUCUCGGGCCUGAUGGGAGACACUGUCUAUACCCACUUCCUCUCAAGCUUCACCUGUGGUCUGGCCGGGGCCCUGGCCUCAAACCCUGUGGAUGUUGUGAGAACACGUAUGAUGAAUCAGAGAGUCCUUCGAGACGGCAGAGGCUCUGGCUACACAGGUACCCUGGACUGCUUGCUACAGACAUGGAAGAAUGAAGGUUUCUUUGCUCUGUAUAAAGGGUUUUGGCCGAAUUGGUUGAGACUUGGUCCUUGGAAUAUCAUUUUUUUUGUGACGUACGAGCAGCUGAAGAAAUUGGAUUUGUGACCAGCCAAGGCUGCAUGAGACAGCGCUCUGAAAACGCCUACUUCCGAAACAAUAAAGCUUCCUGUGUUUCACGCUGCUUCUCACUUGCUUGGUUCAUCACGGAUUCUGAAGCGUGAGCAACAGAUGAAGGUGGGGUUGGUUCAGAUUGCUGCGUGUUGGCAGUGGACGCUCUGCAUCACAUGUUUAGUGCCACAAACGAACAUCCACACACUGGUCCUUACCACGGAAGUGCCCUUCGACAUCGAAGACAGCGUAUAAAACGCAUGUUUCUUGCUAAAGAAAACUUGCACGAAGAUCAGGAAAGAUCAGGAACUAUGUUGUUUUCUCCAGGGGACGGCAGCACCUGUGGCCCCGCAGCUAACCGCUGAGGAAACACACUGCUCCAGGGAAGCUCGUCGGGGCCACGGAAGAGAGCCUCCGCCAGGCUGUUCUUGUUCCUGACCUUCUGGGGACGUUCGCUCCUUGUUGGCUCGAGAAAUUUCCCGUGCGGAGACCUGGCCCUUUCGAUUCCAGGUGUAAACAGUGCAGGAAAUAGAUCUCUGGAAUAUUGCACUGCUUUAUAAUUUCCUAUCUUGGCAGGAUCUUUCACUUACAGUAAGUGAUUUUAAGCCUUUGAAGGCUUGACCUUUGUGAGGAAUCGUUACAAAGUAUUAAUACCUAAACCCAUGACGGUGUGAUACGUUGGCUUUGAAAAUGGCAAGGCCAGUGUUGCCGGGAGGGGUUUUUAGCAGCUUGGGUCCCGUCGUAAGUAAUGUUGGUAGCUUGCUCUCAUUUUUAGCGCAGUUUAUUAUUUUCCAGUCGGUAAAAUGGAGACAUGACAUUUGUCGAUGUUGAGGGUCAAAUGAAGAAAAUCGCAGCUGCUGGAACUUGACUUGAGGGUCAGCGUGUUUACCUCAGUCAUGCUGUUAGCCAGCUGGGGUCCCACAGGCGGGUGUAGAGAAGAGUCGGUUUACCACGGGACACUCACUGGAAUCCCCGGCGAAGCCCAUUGCCAGAGGCCUUGCGGGAAGGAAGAACACGGUGUAAGUUACAGUUUUAGUACGUUUUCCUUAGCAAGAUGGUGCGAGUGAGUUGACGAAUUGAUUUUUCUGGAUUUCCCAGAUUUUACUUCAGUUCCGGUUAUGUCUUAUUAAAAUAUUUCCUGUCUCGGA